AUGAACUAAACCAAACACUUCCAAGAUUGUGAAAAAGCUAUGAAAGAUUGGUAACUAUGGGCAGAGAACUAAUAAAUGUAAUUCAUUCUUUAUCAAAAUAGACUCAAUCCUGAAGAACUACCUCCUUUACACUUUACUCCAAAAGACCAAAAAAACAAAAGUGCUUUCAAAUUGUUCAAACUUGAUCAUAUAAUUGAAGUUAAAAAAUAACAUCCUGAAUAUGGCUUCAAGGAGAGAUUAGAAACACUCAAACACAUGUGGCGUAAUCUCUCCAAAGAUGAAAAAUUUAUAUAUGUUCAGAAAAGUAAACAAUUAAAAUUUUGA